GGAGGCCAAGGCGUGCGUGGUGCAUGGCUCAGACCUGAAGGACAUGAACGCGGAGCAGCUGGACGAGAUCCUGCGGAACCACACGGAGAUCGUCUUCGCCCGCACGUCGCCGCAGCAGAAACUCAUCAUCGUUGAGGGCUGUCAGAGACAGGGAGCCAUCGUGGCGGUGACGGGNNNNAACGUGAACGACUCUCCGGCGCUGAAGAAGGCCGACAUCGGCAUCGCCAUGGGCAUCGCCGGCUCCGAUGUCUCCAAGCAGGCAGCAGACAUGAUUCUGCUCGACGACAACUUCGCCUCCAUCGUCACCGGCGUCGAGGAAGGGCGACUGAUCUUCGACAACUUGAAGAAGUCGAUCGCCUACACCUUGACCAGCAACAUCCCCGAGAUCACUCCCUUCCUGCUCUUCAUCAUCGCCAACAUCCCCCUGCCCCUGGGCACCGUCACCAUCCUCUGCAUCGACCUGGGCACCGACAUGGUUCCUGCCAUCUCUCUGGCCUAUGAGGCAGCUGAGAGUGACAUCAUGAAACGGCAACCGAGGAACCCCCGAACAGACAAACUGGUCAACGAGAGGCUCAUCAGCAUGGCCUACGGGCAGAUUGGGAUGAUCCAGGCCCUCGGGGGGUUCUUCACCUACUUCGUGAUCCUGGCGGAGAACGGAUUCCUGCCGGGAACGCUGCUGGGGAUCCGCCUGGCCUGGGACGACAGGUCCACCAACGACCUGGAGGACUCCUACGGCCAGGAGUGGACGUACGAGCAGCGG